AUGAUGAUAUCUAAAGUGACAAUUCCAUAUUUCUUAUUGAUGAUGGUUUUGAUUUAUAUUGUUCAAGCAAGUUUUACUGAAGUACCACCUCCACCAAAACGUCCAGAACGAUUUCAUUCACGAGACGAAUUAAAAAGAUAUUUACAAAAAGUUCAUGAAUAUCAUACGAUUCUUGGUCGAUGGCGUCUUCGACGUAGUGAUGAUAAACAUCAAGUUUCAAGUACAUCAAAUGAUGAUUUAUUUAAAUUUUUCGACAUAGAUAAUGAUCACUACAUCUCAUUUAAUGAAUUUUUUCAACGAAUGAUGUUUGACAAAGAAAAUUAA